GCAGGCUCGACACACGUGCUCCACACACCCCGCAGUGCGCACGCGACUAACAUGAUUGCGAAGUUAUUGACGCUAUGUUGCGCGUGCGCCGCGGCGCUGGCGGCGCCCGGGAUCUACGACCACGUGGGCGUGGCGCCGUACGGAGUCGCGCACUACGGCGUGGCGCCCGUCGCGCACGCCAUCGCCGCGCCUAUUGUUAAACAGGUGGUGCGCGCCGAGCCAGUGGACCCGAACCCCGCGUACAGCUUCAACUACGGCGUGGCGGACCCCGCCACCGGCGACCAGAAGAGCGCCUCCGAGACGCUGCAGAACGGAGUCGUGCACGGCUCUUACAGCCUGGUGGAACCUGACGGUCACGUGAGGCGGGUGACGUACACCGCGGACAACGUCAACGGAUUCAACGCCGUCGUCGAGAGGACGGGAGGAGCUCAUGCGGUGGCAGCACCAGUAGCAGUGGCUCCGGUGGCGAAGGUGGUGGCCCCCGCGCCGGUAGCGGUGGCUCCGGCGUACGCUCGCUACUCGCUGCCCGCCAUCAGCCACGGCGGCAUCAUCAGCCACGGUGGCCUCGUAGGCCACGGCGUCGUCAGCCCCUGGGGCUAAAUACAACCUCCUUGGCACAUUAGAAUAAUAAUUUUAAGAAGAUAUUUUUUCUUAUGUGCCAGCCCUCACCCAUAACUAACCUCCUUACUGCUUAUCGAGACCACGUGGGCUCAGAAGAAUUUCGUCGACGGCUUUGUCUGUGAUAGUUUAGAAACGCUUAAAGGUACGAGUUGUUGUUUGGAGUAUUGAUCGGUUUCGCAGUUUCCGGACGCUGUCUUGAUAAGCAAUAUGGCGGAACAACCUCGGACCUCGCCAGUUGGAUGAUUGAGAAUGUUUUUAUUGAUGCUUACCUAUAAUUUAUUAUUGUACUGCUGACUGUUGCCUAACGGACUUGAUUACGACGCGUUCUUACUUUUAUAUUUAUGUACAUGUAAAUAUAUUGUACUUAUAGUUCGUAAAUAAAUGCAAAUUUUGCGGUUUA